AUGCGGAGCGAGUGCUGGGCCGGGCGAGCGCGCACUACCGCACUAGUGCGACGGGCGCGCACCGAGUAGCUCGCUUUUAUAUUGAAUUGACCUUAUUUACUCAAUUCGAUCUUGGAAAGAGGGGUCGAUAAACCUUUCAAGUAAUAUUAAACAGUUUUAACAUAUCAGUUUGCGGCGGCACACGGUCACGAUUUGUUUGUUUUUAUGGCAAAUUGACAGUUUUGAAAAUGGUCGAAGUGAAGAUAACCGAUGACAUUAAAGUUGGCGGUAAUAAUCCAUGCUUUAUUAUCGCGGAAGCUGGUCAAAAUCAUCAAGGUGACAUUGAAAUUGCGAAAAAGUUAAUCAAAGCAGCUAAGGAAGCUGGAGCGAGCUGUGUUAAAUUUCAAAAGACAUGUCUCAAAGAAAAAUUUACCAAGAAAUAUUUAGAAAGGUCUUAUGACAAUCCGAAUUCUUGGGGUAAAACUUACGGCGACCAUAAAAGACAUUUAGAAUUUACGGAGAGCCAGUACAGGGAAUUGUUCAAAUAUGCUCAAGAGGUCGGAAUCCUCUUCACUGCUUCAGCCAUGGAUAUGGUUUCAUUUGACUUUUUAGUCAACAUCAAAGUACCCUUCAUUAAAAUUGGUUCAGGGGACUCAAACAAUUUGCUAUUUUUAAAGUACGCUGCGUCCAAGAAGGUCCCCCUUAUCAUAUCGACCGGUAUGGUUGACAAGCAAGCGGUGAAAACAAUUUACGAUAUAGUAUCAGCACAACACAAACAGUUCUGUUUAUUGCAUUGUAUAUCAGCGUAUCCAGUGCCUUUUGAAGAUUGUAAUCUUACUGUAUUACAAGAUUAUAAGAACACGUUUGAUGUCCCGGUUGGGUAUUCUGGUCAAGAACUGGGAACUGCAGUGGCAUUGGGCGCAAUUGCACUGGGAGCUAAGGUUUUAGAGAAACAUAUUACAUUGGAUAAAUCUAUGAAGGGAACGGAUCAUGUUUGCUCGCUCACACCCGCAGAAUUCAAGCAAUUAGUAAGAGACGUACGUGUAAUCGAAGCAUCUCUUGGCACUCCUAUCAAGAAAGUUGUAACUUCAGAAAUUCCAUGCAUUGAUAAAUUACAAAAGUCUCUUGUGAUGGGUUGCACAAAAAAUAAAGGUGAAAUUUUAUAUCCUGGUGACGUCAAAAUUAAGGUUGCAGAACCCAAAGGGCUAAAUGCGUUACAUUUCGAGGAAGUUAUCUAUAAAACACUCGUUUAUGAUAAAAAGGAAGAUGAGCCGCUCAAUGAAGGGGAUUUCUGUUGAUGUUAUCGAAAGAUAAAUCAAAUUAAUUAUUUUUAUAAUACAAUUACAGUUCUCGUUAGAAGUUUGAAGUUUCAAAUCUGACAUCAAUAUAUAAAAUAAUGCGUUUUCUACUGAGAGCUAAUUUCUUAUAAAGUAUCAUUGUUAUUGAAGAGAUUGAGAAGAGCAUACAUGUACAUUAUUUAUAUAUCCUUGGAAAUAACACAACAGAUAGUGACCGAAUUUGAACUUUGUACGUCAGAAACGUUUCACAGUAACGUGACAUAUAGAACGUAGCUCUCAAUUCGAUGUUUACGUUUUAAAUUAAAUGCGUUUAAAGAAGUUUCGAAGAUUUUUAUAUGAUGGAAGUGUACUUUGCAUAUUUGCAGAAGGUGCGCGCCGUUUUUAAUGAUUCUGAUAAAUACUUUUUGUCUCAUAUUCAGCAAGGCAUUAUUAAAACGUAUAACGCAACAAAUAAAUGUAAUUAUUAUUAUGAGCCAUAGAUAUAGUGAACUGUUAAUUAAAUAUAAAGAUAUAUAUGCAUGACUAGUUUUACGAAGAUAAGGACAAAAUAAAUAUUGGAAUUUAAUAUUAAUUAUGAAAAUAAA